AAAAACAUACCUAAACACACACAAGUACACAACACAAAGUAUUAAAUAUAGAGGAACGGAUGAGUUAGAAUAUUGGAUGUUAAAUUUCGUUUUUUGUAAAGCUACUUCGUGUUGUAAUUUAAUUUUCUUAAAUUAAUUAGUGGUAAUAAUAUUUACCUGUGAAAGAAUUAACUUUAUAUGUACCCAUUAUUUCUUGCCGCAAAAGUUAUUCGCACUGUGGUAGCUUAUUUCCAACAGCUAGGCUAGAAGAAUAAACAUUUUAUUGACAAAGAAUAUUUAUUAAAAGUGAGUUAGGAAAAGUGUUUUACUAUCAUUGAAAGGCAGUAAGAUCUGUAAUCAUGCCCCGAAUAAUGAUUAAAGGUGGUGUGUGGAGAAACACAGAGGAUGAAAUUCUCAAGGCGGCUGUUAUGAAAUAUGGGAAGAACCAAUGGUCUCGUAUAGCUUCCCUCCUCCAUAGAAAGUCUGCAAAACAAUGUAAAGCUCGUUGGUUUGAAUGGUUGGAUCCCAGUAUUAAGAAGACUGAGUGGAGCCGUGAAGAAGAUGAAAAAUUGCUACAUCUGGCCAAACUCAUGCCCACACAAUGGCGGACCAUUGCUCCCAUCAUUGGGCGGACUGCUGCCCAGUGUUUGGAAAGAUACGAGUAUUUGCUUGACCAGGCACAGAAGAAGGAGGAGGGUGAGGAUGGUGCAGAUGAUCCACGCAAGCUCAAGCCUGGAGAAAUCGAUCCAAAUCCUGAGACCAAACCGGCCCGGCCUGAUCCCAAGGAUAUGGAUGAAGACGAACUGGAGAUGCUGUCAGAGGCAAGAGCUCGUCUCGCCAAUACACAGGGUAAAAAGGCGAAACGUAAGGCAAGGGAAAAACAGUUGGAGGAGGCCCGAAGGUUGGCAGCGUUGCAGAAGCGCAGGGAGCUGAGGGCUGCUGGGAUAGAGCUAGCACCUCGACACAAAAGGAAGCGAGGCGUCGACUACAACGCGGAGAUCCCAUUUGAGAAACGUCCUGCAGCAGGAUUCUAUGACACCUCACAAGAGGUGAUAGACCCCUUGGCCCCUGACUUUGGUCGACUAAGACAACAGCACUUGGACGGAGAGCUACGCAGUGAGAAAGAAGAGAAAGAGAGGCGUAAGGACAAACAGAAACUGAAACAACGGAAAGAGAAUGAUGUGCCAACUGCAAUGCUACAGAAUCAAGAGCCUGCUAAGAAACGGAGCAAACUUGUGCUUCCAGAGCCUCAGAUAUCUGAUGCCGAGCUACAACAGGUGGUGAAGUUGGGGAGGGCCAGUGAGGCAGCCAGGGAGGCAGCCACAGAAGGCGGGUUGCAGGGAGCAUCUGAUACUUUACUGGCUGAUUAUUCGGUCACACCUAACAUCACAGGACGUACCCCUCGCACUCCUGCCCCCACUACAGACCGGGUCCUCCAGGAAGCACAGAACAUGAUGGCUCUAAGUCACGUGGACACACCCCUGAAGGGUGGGCUCAACACUCCACUCCACAACACUGACUUCAGUGGUGUUACUCCACAGCGGGAGGUUAUUUCUACCCCCAACACUGUGCUGACCACACCGUACUCCCAGCGGGCCAUCACGGACGGAAGAACUCCAGGAUUUCAAACCCCUAGGGCUGGGGCAGCGAUGGCGACCCCGACACCUCUCCGAGACAAACUAAGUAUCAACCCUGAGGAUCAGAUGAUGGAUGUGGCAGACACACCAUCAGCUCUGCGGAACUACCAUCAUCAUGUGAAGGAGCAGUUGCGAGCUGGUCUGAGCACGCUCCCAGCUCCUCGCAAUGAUUAUGAAAUCGUAGUACCAGAGGAUGAGAUGGACACAGAGAACAGGCAGGCAUCUGACCAGUACAGGGUGGAGGAUCAGGCGGAUGUGGACUUGAGAGCUUUACAAGUGGCUCUGGCACAGAAGGAAGAAGAACUCCGCAGCCGGUCACAAGUAAUCCAGCGCAGUUUACCUAGACCAGCUGAGAUCAACAUAGUCCUUCGCCCCCCCAACACUGAGCCUCCUCUUACAGAACUACAGAAGGCGGAGGAGUUGAUCAAGCAAGAGAUGAUAACAAUGCUGCACUACGAUGCUCUCCAUAACCCCCUGGAGACCAAGAGACAAGCCAAUGUGUUGAGUCAAGCUCACCAUAUGGCCUACCUGGAGCAGAAACCCUACCAAACCUUCACUCCCCAGGAGCUGACUAAGGCAGAGGAACUGUUGAAGAAGGAAAUGGACACAGUGAAGCAAGGCAUGGGUCACGGUGACUUGUCAAUUGAAUCUUUCACUCAAGUAUGGGAGGAGUGUUUGGGCCAAGUGCUCUUCCUAGCCAACCAAAAUAGAUACACUAGAGCCAACCUGGCUAGCAAAAAAGACAGGCUGGAAUCACUGGAGAAGCGGCUGGAACAGAACAGAAGUCACAUGACGAAGGAAGCAAAACGGGCGGCAAAAAUGGAGAGGAAAAUUAAAAUCAUUACAGGAGGUUACCAGACUCGAGCACAAGGGGUAAUAAAACAGCUCCAGGACAUGCAUGAUCAGAUUGAGCAAGCUCGCAUGGAGUUGUCCACGUUCAAAUUCCUCAAGGAACAGGAAGAAGCUGCUAUUCCUCGUAGAAUUGAGUCCUUGACUGAGGAUGUUAGCAGACAGAUGGAGCGAGAGAGGCAAUUACAGAAGAAAUAUGGAGAACUGCAGAGGAUAUCAGAAGAAUCCAGUGUGUCCAAGGCUUAACUAAUCAUUGAAACUGCAUUUUUAAAACCAAGUAGUUCUCAAUUAAAAAUUAACUAUUAUUUGUAUAUUAAACUCAUAAUAGAAUA